UGCACAAACAAACGUACUUUUGACUCUCUGACCAUCCCAUCCCCGAGCAAAGCUAGCCGCUCCUGCCCUCUUCACACACUCUAUCAACUUUGAUGCCAAUCAUCUCAAAAAAAAUAAAAUUUGAAGCCAUUCACGUGCAGGAUCGUCCUUCCUUCGAGGUCGCAAAAGUUUAAAAAAAAAAAGAAGUCGAUCGUCCUCCACGUCCCAAACAAGAACAAACACCAGCUUAAAUACCACCGGACCUCCCAUCAUCGCAGCACCGCAAAUAGCACAGCCAGGAAUCGCCACAAGAGGCAAAAGCGGCCAGCAGCACCGCAAACAAGCAUGGAGAAAGACCAGCAGCAGCCUCAGGAGGAAGUCAUCAGGCACCGGACGGUGGAGGCGGUCAACGGCAUAGCGAUGCACGUGGCGGAGUCCGGCCCGGAGGACGGCGGCGGAGAAGGGAAGAAGCCGGCGGUGCUGUUCCUGCACGGGUUCCCGGAGCUCUGGUACUCGUGGCGCCACCAGAUGUCUUUCCUGGCGGCACGCGGCUACCGGUGCGUGGCGCCCGACCUCCGCGGCUACGGCGGCACCGAGGCUCCGCAGGACGUCGGCGACUACUCCGCCUUCCACCUCAUCGGCGACGUCGUCGCUCUCCUCGACGCCCUCCGACUCCCAAAGCAGGUGUUGGUGGUGGGGCACGACUGGGGCGCCAUCCUGUCGUGGUACCUGUGCCUGUUCCGGCCGGACCGGGUGGCGGCGCUCGUCAACACCAGCGUGGCAUUCAUGCGCCACGUCUUCAUCCGCGCCGGCCCCGCCGCCGUCAAGCCCACCGAGCUCUUCAACCGGGCCUACGGCCCUGGAUACUACAUCUGCCGCUUCCAGGAGCCCGGGGCCGCCGAGGCGGCGGAGUUCGCGCCGGCGCACGCCAGGCAGCUCAUGACCAGGAUCCUCUGCAACCGCUUCAGCGAGCGCGCGGCCGAGAAGGAGAGCGGCGAGUCGCCGCCGCUCCCGGCUUGGCUCACGGAUGCCGACAUCGACUACUUCGCCGCCGCCUUCCAGAAGUCCGGCUUCACCGGCGCCAUCAACUACUACCGCAACAUGGACAGGAACUGGGAGAUGGCGGCGGCGUGGGCGGACGCCAAGGUGGUGGUGCCGACCAAGUUCAUCGUGGGGGACGGGGACCUGACGUACCACUACGCGGGGAUCCAGGACUACAUCCACAAGGGCGGGUUCAAGGAGGACGUGCCGCUGCUGGAGGAGGUGGUCGUCAUCCCCGGCGCCGGCCACUUCGUGCAGCAGGAGAAGGCCGUGGAGGUCAGCGAACACAUCUACAGCUUCAUCGCCAAGUUUAAAAUACUUUUCUCUUCGGAGAAAAAUGUAGGAUGGGGAACAGGGAAGGAACGUGUCGUGUGUCUUGCUUUGCUUCCACAGACCAAGCGGACCCGACACGUAAGCUCUCGCUCUCGCCCCCCAGCUCACCUCGGUUCAGGUUCAGUCCACUUCCCGGAAGCAAAUCACGCGUCGCGUCACGAGCCGACGACCAUGGCGGCGGCGGCGGCGGAGAUAAGGCACAGGUCGGUGGAGGCGAACGGCAUCACGAUGCACGUCGCCGAGGCCGGCCCCGCCUCCGCGCCAGCCGUGCUGUUCGUGCACGGCUUCCCGGAGCUCUGGUACUCGUGGCGCCACCAGAUGUCGCACCUGGCGUCCCGGGGCUACCGGUGCGUGGCCCCCGACCUCCGCGGCUACGGCGGCACCGACGCCCCGCCCGACCCGUCCUCCUACACCGUCUUCCACAUCGUCGGGGACCUCGUCGCCCUCCUUGACGCCCUCCACCUCCCCCAGGUGUUCGUGGUGGGGCACGACUGGGGCGCCAUCGUGUCGUGGAACCUGUGCCUGCUGCGGCCGGACCGGGUGCGCGCGCUCGUCAACCUCAGCGUCGCCUUCAUGCCCAGGCAGAGAUCCGUCAAGCCCGUCGAAUACUUCCGCCGCGCCUACGGCAACGAGUACUACGUCUGCAAGUUCCAGGAACCUGGAAUUGAAGAAGAAUUUGCUAGUCUUGAGUUGAAGAGGUUCUUCAAAAUGGCAAUAACUGUUCAAACCACAGGUUCUUCUGCUAUGUCCCUUGUGAAAAUGCAGGCAAGUAACAAGAAAAUAACACUGCCUUCUUGGCUCUCCGAGGAGGAUGUCAGUUACCUAGCGAGUGUAUAUGCAAAAACUGGCUUUGCCGGUGGCAUUAAUUACUACCGCUGCCUAGACCUGAACUGGGAACUGAUGGCGCCAUGGACAGGCGCUAAAGUGCAAGUGCCAACUAAGUUCAUCGUCGGGGACGGCGACCUGGCGUACCAUCACCCAGGAGUGAAAAGCUACAUACACAAGGGCGGGCUCAAGAGAGACGUGCCCAUGCUUGAGGAGGUGGUGGUCAUCAAGGGUGCUGGGCACUUCAUCCAGCAGGAGAGGGCACAGGAAAUCAGCGACCACAUCUACGAGUACAUCAAGAAGUUCAACACGGAUCCCUCGAUGCCUCCUAGGUUAUCGAAAUUGUGAGACAAUUGGUCAUUCUACGAGAAGACUGAUUAAAAAAAAAUUGAGGCCAAGACUGUUUUUAUUUUUUUUUAUUUUUUUUGCGCUGGAGACUGAUUAUUUGACAGUGAGAUACUUUUGUAUGCAACUUGGAAGGCUUAGUACUCAAAUAUACUCAGUUACAGAGAGAA